AUGGCAGUAUCCACCACCCCCACAAGCAACCCAAGUGUCACACCUGUGAUUGCAUUUUUAGACGUCGACGCCUUUGAAUGCCAGAUUUGGCAGCGAGAUAAUCCGUCCACCAGAGGCCGACCCUGCGUCGUAGCUAAUGCUACAGGGAGGAUUGUUGCGGUUACACAUGAAGCAAAGGAAAUUGGAGUGUCCCGAAGCGAAACACCCUCUCUCCGAGCAGCCCUCAAAAAAUGCCCCAAUCUCACAGUAUUUCGAAAACCGAACAAGUGGGGGAAACAGGAUCAAGAAAAAUGCAAGAAGGCAACUUGGGAAAUCGUGUCACAUAUCCAGACUUUUUUGAAAACGUAUACGGGGGGUGACGUCGUUCUGGAGGUUGCCUCCUCUGACGAGUUUUACCUCGACAUUUCCGGUGAAGUUUCGCGUGGCAUAGAACGAAGAGCUGAAAAGAUAAGUGGCGACUCCAAAACACCGUGUCCCCCCCUCCCCAUUCCGAAAACCGUCGUAUGGGAAAGGGCUAAGCAAAGGAAGAAGGGGCCUUUUUUCUACAGGCUUCCAUACGAGGUCACAAAAAAUGACUUGGGAAUGUUCAAGAACGUAAAGAUAUAUUCCUACAAGAACGAAGAGAGGUUAAUGUUCGGGGCUCUACUGGUGGAAACUCUUUGUACUUACCUCAAAGAAAAAACACAGCUUGAGCUGUCUGGGGGAGUGGCAAAAAAUAAACUCCUGGCAAAAGUAGGCUGCACUUUGAACAAGCCUCGAAAAAUCACUGUUUUUUCAGGCCCUUCAUCGGGUGUCCCAAAUCGUUAA